UCUAAUCUAUGAGAAUGGGGUGUAAGACUUGCCAUGUGUUUUCAUCCGUAGAUCGAUCUAACAGGAUCGGUCCAUCUCCACGGGGUCCCUCGCUAUAAUAAUCUCUGCCCGAGCAGCUUAGACGUCUGAGAUGCUCACUAAAGUUGCUAAAGGAAUAUUAGUGACUUUCGUGAGCAUCCCACUAAAGUAACGUUGCUAAAGGAAAUUUAAUAACUCCCUAUGGGCCUCGUUCGAUUCAAAGUUAGUACGAUAGUCUGGGAAUGGUCUCCAACACGCAACCCGGCAUGCCGAACAUGAAUAGUCAUCUACUUGUAGUGCUACUUAUUAUCGGUGGAUCCAUUCCGAGCUACUACUCGUACGUCUUUGUUUCGAGUAUCACAGAGCACUUGAAGCUUAUUCCUGGACUACAGCAAGCAAAUCGUCUCUGAGCAGCAUCAGUAGAACUCCAUUUCCGAUUUAGAUAUGGCUACUAUGGACAACCUGGAUCUGAUUGAAAUCAAGAAUCUCCGCCCGCGAAUGCAGAUCGGCAUAAGUCCUCACGAGCUGGGCAAGAAACAGGAAGUGGUCAUUAACUUGACCCUCGGCGUGGACAUUAGGCGUGCCGCCGAGACAGACGACAUCAAAGACACGCUCAAUUACAAAAGUGUCACCAAAAAGAUCCUUGAAUACGCAGAAUCAACCGAUAUCUACCUGGUUGAAAAACUUGCCGAAGAUAUUGCCAAAAUUUGCAUAGUUUGCUUCCGGGUACCGUGGGUACAAGUGGCCGUUGAGAAACCCCACGCCCUCAGGUUCUGCGACUCUGUCGGGGUGAAAAUUAGAAGAACUUCAAAGGAUUACCCACACCCCAGCGGCCAUGGAGAUCCUGAAAAAACGCACCACGCUUCUGAAGACGUCAAAAGUCUUCCUAGGCCUCACACCGCCUCAACUGGACACGAACCAGCC